AGAGCCAUGGCGGAGCUCGCCCUGUCGUGCUUCCCCGCCCCCCCUCGCGCGCCAUGCUGCGACUCGCGGCAGGCCGCUGUGGCGCUCGCGGCCUGCGAGUGCCAGGGCGGCGGCGCACCAGAGGCCACCGCCUUCCGCCUUUCCGUGCCCGACGCCUACGACGAGGAGGAUUCCGCUGGCCCCUUGCAGCCGCGCGCCGCCAGCGCUCUCGGCGGCGAGUUGUACACCGGACAGUGGAACGAGGCUCCCUGAGACACGGGCACGGCAGGCUGGUGGGCGAGGACGGCUCCGUCUUCGAGGGGUCCUUCUUCGAUGGCGAGUUCUGCGGGGAGGGGGUGUUCAGGUCGCCGCCCGGCCACAGGUACGAGGGGCAGUGGCUCCACGGCAAGAGGCACGGCCAGGGCGUCUACCGGCACGCCAGCGGCGCCCGCUUCGAGGGCAGCUGGCGGGGCGGCCUGAAGGAGGGCCCGGGCGCCGAGCACUACGCGGACGGCUCGGUGUACUCCGGAGAGUACGCGCAGGGGCUCAAGCACGGGCGGGGCCGCUACGAGUACGCCUCCCAGGGCGUCUCGUACUCGGGCCAGUUCGUAGCCGACGCGCUGCACGGCGAGGGCACGUACACGUUCUCCGACGGCCGCGUGUACGCGGGCCAGUGGAGGGACGGGCACAUCUCGGCGGCGCCGGCAGGAUGACGUGGCCGAGCGGGAACUGCUACGAGGGGCAGUACGAGCAGGAUCUGAAGCACGGAAGUGGCAGGUUCGAGUGGCCGGACGGCAGGGUGUACGUGGGCACCUGGCACCGCGGGGGCGUGACCGCCCCCGGCGUGGUGCCCGGCUCGGGCGGCGCGGCGGCCACCGCCGCGGGGCCCCUGCACUACGACCGCGCCGCCGGGGGCUGGCGGCCUGGCCUGCGGACGCCGGCGCCAUCGACGCCCGCGGACGAGGCGUGCUGACGCGGCCUGCUCACGAGGCCUGGUCUGCUGACGCCCGCUGACUCCUCCUCCUCCUCCUCCUCCUCCUCCUCCUCCUCCUCCUCCUCCUCCUCCUCCUCCUCCCCCCUUCUGUCGGGGGCUCCAAGAGCCGCGCUGUGGCCACGCAGCGUGGUGAGUCAGUGCUUGUUCUCGUCUUGCCUUCGUCUCUGUGAGGACAGGCCCCUGCUGACCUGCUUGUGUUUUUUCUCUCGGCUGGGCAUCCGCCGCGCGUUGCGGACAACGCGCGCCCUCGGCGGCACCGCCUCCCCCCCCUCUCUCACUCCUUCCCCUCCUUACCGCACGGGUUUUGCUCACCCUCCUUGCCUCAAUUCGCAUCGACUUGCGGCGCAAAUGGACGCCGCUUUGUGUCGAUGUCAGCGCCCAUGCGAAUAUAGACGCGUGCUGCAAACGACACGGGACCACCUGGAGUAACAUGCUCCAGCGAUGGUCCCCCAAAACAGAUUUGUUUGAUGUCUGGUCAUGGGAGCCUUGGUCCGAAUCAGGCUCCCAUGGAACGGACACCAAA